AUGGUUCCUUUGCUGCUGAUUGUCGUGCAGUUGUUCCUGUUCACCGCAGUCCGAUCGGAGAGACUCUUUCAUCCAGAUGACUGCACCAAACGGCUUGAAAUCUUUAACAGGGAGGUCAAACAACACUGUCCGUUCAUGGAGAAGGACCUGCUUCCAGCACCGCCACCCUCGACUACGAUCACCGUCGGCACCAUUCGGUACCGUCGCUGUGUGCACGAACUUGCAAAGCCUGAGCGUGCGGGCCUGCUGUGGACAGGGUUUUGGGACGGAGACCCACAUGCCAGCAUGAAUGUCUUGAAGUCGUUUGCGACAGCUACAGAUUCUCAGACGCUCCAUCCCGACACACACCUCGGUCAACUCAUGGACAAGAGCGGGAUCCUAAAAGUGUGCGACAGUGAGGUGUUGAACCCCCUCUGGGCCACAGCCAGUGACCAGUUCGCAAGCCAUAUGAGGUACGAGUGGCAGAAGAAGGUGGUUGUUCUGAUCAACAAGAAGCUGCAUGGCGAGCGCCCGCUGCUGCACUCAGUUUUCUAUCAAUUUGAGCUCUAUGCGCUGGCAUUCAACCACGUUGGAUAUUUACGGACACAGGCAGGGCCGCAAAACGUGUGGCAGCCGGAUAUCCAGUUGAUUGACCUUCAAGGAACGUGCACAGAAUCGAUGCCCUUCCUUCAAAAGAGCUUCAAGAACAUAGCUGAAUCUUUCGGAUUUGUUUUCAACUUCAAGCCAGAAAAGUGGUCUUGCGAGGACUGCCCGUCUGGAUGCAGCCUUCUCGACCCAGAGAUAGUAGCCCUCGGUCGCCAGCCGUAA